AUUUUAGACUUUAUUCUGGUUUUCUUAAAAAAUAAUUACAGAUUAGUUAAAAUGAGUUUACUUUUUAGAUGUUUCAAGAGUUUGGCUUUAAGAAAUUUUUGCACUGUUCCGCCUGUUAUGUCUUUCCCAACGCCCAGAAUCGGAUUAGAAUUGGGUCUAACAGACUGCCGAGUGGCCGUUUUCAAUGAUAGAAAAGCCGAAGUGAUCAAGGAUGGUUCGAAGACUAAAACUAUUCCGUCUGUGGUUGCUUUUGCAAAAGGCGAUGACAUUAUUAUUGGUGAUGCGGCAAUUCGACACAAAAACUCUAAGAAUAUUUUUUUUAUGAUGGAGCUGUUAAUUGGAAAAAAAUUUGAUGACCCGAUUGUUCAGAUUAUAAGGUAAUCGUUUAGCUUGUAAUGAGUUGCUUCUAUAUUUAGGGAAAAUGUCAAAUACAACAUUUUUGAAGAUUCUAAUGGCGAUGCGGGGAUUAAAGCAGCAAAUGGCAAAAUUUAUUCACCCAGAAAAAUUUGUUCUUUGAUUUUACAAAAGAUGAGUGAUAUGGCAGAAGAUUAUUUGAAAACGUGUGAUUUGGAGACGGUCAUUACCGUACCUUCUUACUUCAGUGCCGGUCAGCGUACACAAAUUGAAUGGGCGGCCGAAAUGGCACAUAUAAAAAUCGUCAAAAUAGUUAGUGAACACGAAGCAGCAGCUUUUCCCAAGUUCUCUAUGUCUUCUAAGGGAUUUACGUUUGUGAUUUUAAUUUUUAUUUUAUAAAAUGAUUUUUAGCUUGGCUGUCUGUGGCAUGGAAUUGGGAAUUUUAAGUAUUUCAAUUUUGGCAUUGCAGAAUGGUCUCUUUGAAGUUAAAUUUACUUCUAGCAUUAAUUUGAUUGACAACACAGCCUUCAAAAAAUUUCCUCACUUCAAAAAACCAAAUAGACAUUUAACUGAAUCCCACAUUGAUAAAAUAAUGUCCUUGUAUGCGAAAGCUUUAAUUGAUGCGAAGAUGGACAAGGAAGAAAUAGACGAUGUUAUGCUUAUUGGAACUUUGGCAUCUGAUCAUAAGGUUUUUUGGUACUAUGCGUUUAUAUCCCCGCAAUUCUGCAAAUGUUUGUC